AUGGUCCGGUCUUUACUUCUUGUCGCCGGAUUAUUAUCCACUACGCACGGGCGUGUACAUGAGCUCAUCGUGGGCAACUUCGCCAAUAAUGUUCUGUACACAUUGAGCUUCGACGACAAGACCUACAGCCUGGAUCUCAUUGCGAACAUCUCCGUUGCGACAAAGAAUUCAUGGAUUUCAUUUAAUCACGAUAAGACUACAUUGUACGGAACAGAUAUCAUUUAUACUCCUGCUGAGGAAAAUUGGACCAAACCGCCAGUUUAUGUCAGCCACACGAUCAACAACAGUAGCAGCAUUACAGUCGACAAGGUUUUGACGGGAAAGAAAGGUUGCAAUGGUACCUCGAUCUACAUCGUCGCCGACAUGAAACCUCCUUACAACGUAUAUGGUGUUGACUUCUGGGGAGCACCUGGCUGCGGCACCGUCAUGUCGGUUGAUGAGAACGGAGCUCUUGAUAAGACUGUGCAAGACUACAAUUUUGCGCCUGGCUCAAACGUACACGGAACGGCCCUGUCGCCUGACUCAAAGUUCAUUUAUUCUGCCGACAUGGGCAAUAACUCCAUCUGGACGCAUCCCGUUGAUCGGAGAACGGGCAAGCUUGGCGAGCCUGUAAGUAGGGUUGAUGGACCAGCUGAGCAUUCAGAACCUCGCCACGUUGCGGUCCAUCAACAAAGUGGUAAGGCCCUCUACACCGUCACCGAAAUUACGAGCCAGGUCGCCUGGUACAAGCUCGACCGCCGCACCGGUAUUCCGCAGCCUCAGAAGAACGUCUACUCUCUUAUCCCAGAGGGCCUUGACGUCAAGGGUUACAGAGGCGACGAGAUCGCUGUGUCUCCCAGCGGAAAGUACCUGUGGGCAACGACCCGAUCUAGGGAUGUCACCAAGCCAGGCUUCCUCUCGGUGUUCAAACUCGACAAGAAAGGUGCGAUUGUGAGUCAAAAUUUUAUCCGCCGUACAAGCUCAAGUGGCGGUGCGGCGAAUGCCGUUACGCCUAUGGACAAGAGCGACCGUUUUGUUGUUGUGACGGAUAGUGCAGAUGGCUUUGUUCAAAUUUGGGAAUUGAUGGAGGACGGAAGUUCGGCACACGUUGUUGCACAUAUCAGUCUGAAGGACAAGGGAAACGCUAGAUAUCAUUCGGGAUGCUGUGCCAACGCCGUCUGGCUCACCUCCUACUAG